AUGCGACCCUGCCCAGCCCUGCUGCUGCUGCUGCUGCCUGCCUGCGCCCUGCCUGCCCGCGCCGAGCCCGCCUGCCUGCACUUCCCGCAGCUCCUGCCUGCAAAGCUCAGAGAGCUGAGGACCAAGUUCGAGGAAAUUAAGGAUUAUUUUCAAUCGAAAGAUGAUGAACUCAGCAUCCAGUUGCUCAGCUCCGAACUGCUGGAAGAAUUUAAGGGGAGCUUCGGGUGCCAGUCGGUGUCGGAGAUGAUGCGGUUCUACACGGAGGAGGUCCUGCCCGGAGCCAUGCGGACCAGCACACAGCACCGGCAGAGCAUGGGCGACCUGGGCAACCUGCUGCUCAGCCUGAAGGCGACCAUGCGACGCUGU